UGCAAAGCAUUGAGCCAGUCAUCCACCACAACUGAUGAACUUCCCCAAUCCAUAAAUACACAUGUCCUCUCCUCUGUUUGCCAGCCUCACUCAUUCUCCGCCUAAUCAAACACGCCCACAAAGCUUCUUCAGGACUGGGAAUUCAUGGCUUCCUUCUCUCAGUCUCAUAAAAGAAAGCCCACAUCUCCGUUAGUGGUGUUUCCCUUUGCAUUUCUCCUGAUCAUUCUCUCAUCCUCUGCCUAUAGCGACGACACGCUAUCAGCAUACGAGAUGCUUCAACUAUAUGACUUCCCAAUUGGCCUUCUUCCCAAAGGAGUAACAGGCUACGAGCUAGACAGGGACACCGGCAAUUUCAAGGCGUAUUUCAACGGAACCUGCAGCUUCUCCAUUGAAAACUCGUAUCAGCUCAGGUACAGAUCCACCAUAACUGGUGUUUUGUCCAAAGACAGGCUCAAAAAUUUGAAGGGCGUGAGUGUGAAGGUGCUCUUCUUCUGGAUCGACAUAGUGGAAGUGGUUCGAAAUGGCGAUGAGCUACAAUUCUCCGUGGGGAUUGCUUCAGCCGACUUUUCAAUCGACAACUUUGAGGAGAGCCCGCAGUGUGGCUGUGGAUUUGCUUGUCAACAGUUGGUGAGUAGCGCCGUGCCAUCACAUUCGGUGAGAGCACUCAUGAAGUCUAACUAACUAUAUGCAGAAGUGAGUUAGGCCAGUUGCCGAGGACAGUAAGCCCAUCGCGUGCACCACCUAAGUUCUGAGUCCCCAUCCCCCUUAGAUUAAAAGGGGGCUUUGCAAAUAGAGCAUUAGAGCUAGCCCUCUCUAUAUAAGAUCUGCUUUGUUGUGUGCAAUUUAUAUAUGUAUUAUGUAGGCACAAACGAAUCAAAUGGAAUAUUCUUUGUUUUGUCUCU